CACACACACACUCGCUCAUCUGGCAGCGUCAAGGUGGAACACGAGCAGCUCGCGGAGCGCAGUGUCGUUCGGUCCUUCCCACCGACAACAAGUCCGCUGCUUCACUCCUUACGCGCACAGUCUCGCUAGCCUCCCAAGCAUCGCUCUUUCUCCCGAGUCGAGUGUCGUCGAGAGCAGUGUCACGGCGAUGACCUGACACGCGAAACCCGUGCGUGUACUCGGCAGCAGCAGCAGCAGCUUCCUCGAGUGCUUAGCGAAAAUGUGAGGAGCGCGCGCGUCGUGUAACACAGAGCGUGAGAGAGCGAGAGAGUCGACGACCGCCGCGAGAAACCGAGCGAAAGCGAGUGAAAGAGGGAUAGAGAGCAGUCUAGAGUGAAGCGGCGCAGAGAGAUGUGGCUACCGGUGCUGCUGCUCGCCGCGAUGGCGAGCGGCUCGCCUGCUACCUGCCCGGACUCUUGUCAGUGCCGCGAACCGCUGAUCGAGUGCGCCGGCCACGCGCCUAACCUGACCCAGCUCGACGAGCUGCCCGCCGGCUUUGACGAGCUCAGGCUCAGCAACCUGGCCCAGCAAGAAGACCUCAGAAUCUUCGAGGCGGCCGCCUUCGGUGCCGCCGGCAACUCCAGCAGCCAGAAGUUCAUGAGCCGACUGCGGGCCUUCGCCGUCACCAACUCAUCGACCCUGAACCUCGACUACUUCGUCGCCUGGCACAAGCGCCUGCCGAACCUGCGUGCGCUCAACGUGUCCUACAGUGACCUGGAAACCUUGAAAAACCUGGGAGCCGGGAUAAGCGUCCUGGACGCAGGUCACAACCGGAUACAUACCGUCGCUCUUGGAAUGCCCGAUCUGACCUGGCUCAGCCUGGCCGGCAACCGUAUCUCCUUCAUCAAGCCUUCGAGCAUGGCUGAGCUGAAGAAGCUCGAGUAUCUUGAUCUGUCGGACAAUGAACUGCUGGUGCUCGCGGAAAUCUUUGACCCGCUGCAGGCGCUGCAGCGACUCAACCUGGCCGGCAACAAGCUGUUGCACGUGAAGCCCGAUUGGUUCCGCAACCUCGGUCGCCUGGUCGAGCUGGACGUGUCGCGUAACCGGCUGACCUUCAUACCGGCCGACACGUUGCGACCGUUGACCAGCCUGGCCGUCUUCAAGCUAGCUGAGAACCCGCUGAUCGAACGCGACCUGUCGCUUCUUCUGGGCACCGGCAGACGUCUCGAGAUAGUCGACGCCUCGAGGAUCGGACUGCUAAGGGUGCCUGCAGCGUUGACGCGCUCGGUGAGGACGCUGAAGCUAUCCGGGAACCAGCUGACGUCCGUCAUGAGCGGCGACCUGGACAGCUACCCGCUGUUGACCGUGCUCGACCUGUCCGCCAACUGUUUGAGGAUCAUCGAGGACGACGCUCUGGGACGCCUGGAGAUGCUGCAGGAGCUGAUCCUCGCCGGUAACAUCCUGCCCAGCAUACCUAAGAGCCUGCCCAGUAGGCUCAGAAUAUUCGACCUCAGGCAGAACGCUAUAUCCAAGCUGAGGGCUAACGAUCUGCAGGGUCUGUAUUACCUAAAGGAACUGAACCUCAGCGGAAACAUCAUCGACAGCAUCGAGGAGGGAUCCUUCCGCCUGCUGCCAAAUUUGGAGGUUCUGGACAUCUCUGACAAUCCAAUCAAAUUGCUUCCCUCCGACAACCUUAGCGGCCCGUCCAAGCUCCUGACCUUGCGCAUGUCGGGUCUGAUGUCUCUGACCAUUGCGGAAAACCAGAACCGUGACACAGCUUUUCCAAUUUUGGCGCUCGAGCGACUGGUCACUCUGGACGUGUCUCGUAGUCCAGCUUUGGCCGAACAGCUUUUGGACGACAAUGCCGCGCUCUCGGCCUGCAAGUGUCUCCAGGAGCUGAACCUCUCGUACACCAAUAUCAGCUCGAUGAGGUCCGACCUGGCUUACGUACUACCGAUGCUGGAGAAGCUGAACUUGAUCGGAAACGAGUGGAACUGCAGCGCUGACCAAUUCUGGCUGGGCAAGUGGACGGUGCAGCAUCGGAAGACUUCUGGAGACAUAUCCACGAGGUGCACGACGCCCUGCGAAUUCGAGGGAAAGCUUCUGGAAGAGCUGCCGCAGCCACGGGAGACCGAGACCAUCACCAGGAGGCUUGCCGAAGUAAGUACGAGUACGAGUACUCCCGAUACGAGAACGAAUAGCGUCGCGAAUGGAAUCGCAAGCACACGUGGGCUGGCGGAAUCGCCGCGUACGCCGACAACGGUGUCUAGUAUACAGAGCACGACGGAUAAUUUGUCCAUCACGAGCACGACUUCGGCUUCGACUUUCAAAACUACCACGACCACCGAGUCGCCGAAUAUAAGUAAAGCAGAAGCGCAGGAGUUACGAAUGCCACCAUCCGUUACGCAGAAAAACGAAGAAACAGUCAGCAAAACCAGUACAUCAACCACCGUUAUGAAUUUCGAGCAGCCAAAACCAACUGUCGCGCCCAGCACGAUUGGCGAGCUGGUGCACGUGAAUCAAGCUACGGAAACGGUGCCAACGACCUCGAGUCUUAAGCCGAUGGCAUCGACCAUUUCGAACGACAUGAAGGUAACGAGAAAAGUUUUCUCUACGACCACAAUACCUCGCGAGACAUCACCAACAACGGCAACGACGACGACGACGACGACAACAACGUAUGUCCCACCUACGGCAUCGCCGAUACGCGACAUCACCACCAGAGUGUCGUACGCCCAACCAAAGCAACCAGUCGAGACCAUCAAGAUAGAGGCCAGCGAGAUCAUACCAACGCUCAAAGACGAGAAACUCGUCUUCGACGCGGGCUUGUUCAACGUCGGCAAAAAGUCAGUCAACCGAGUAGUCUCGGACUUCUCUCGCUCCAAGUUGCUUCUCGCCAACGAGGACCCGUCCUCGCGUGUCCUCCUCGCCAACGCCAACAACGCCGUCGACAGCAGCAACAAGGGCAUCGCCGAGGAACUCAACGGUCAGGCGACGGAGUCCGGUGCCCGCACUUCCGAGGCCACAAGUGGAGCCCACCCCGGCAUGCUGGUCCUCCUCGGCGCAGCGAUCGGCGCCGCGGCGGCCCUGACCGUCGUCCUCUCGAGACGGGCGACCGUGAAGCGACGGGAUCAACGACUCUACCAGCGCCACGAGAACAUCGAGGUUCACGCGCUCACGCCAACGACGGAGCUCUGGUGAUCACAGGAACCGCACAGACCGACGACAGGCUACUUUUGACUGUUCCGCACUCGGCGGUUCGUUCGGGCUUGUAAAAAAAAUUGGGGCGUACGGGCGAGUGCCGGAUUGAUAUUCCGACGGUGACAAUAAUGCGACGAGGAAAUCACGGGGGAGUGCUGAGACAGCUCGAGAGAGAACUGUAGUGAGACAGAGUUUUUUGUAAAAAAAAAGAAAAAUAAUAAUAACGGGGGUUGUUGAGGUGCGCAAGGUAAAUUUACAAGGGAUCGUCGCGACUGCGUUGACAAAAAAAAUGAACAGCGAACGAAACCGUUGUAGGUGUAGAAUACGCGAACGAGAUGACAGAGAGAGAGAGAGCGAUAUAGAUCAUUAUCUUUCGUAUAAGAUAAGCCAGUGUCAAAGUAUUAUUACGAUAAUAAAUAAUGUACAAAGCAGAAGUAAAUGAGAUUAUAAAUUCCGAGCAUUUCAUUUGCAUUCUUCGACAUUGAUUGAUGGAAAAUAAGAAAAUCGUUUGUUAAUCGUCCGUACUCGAGUGUACAUGAUUUUGUAAAAAAUAACAAAAAAAAAAAUUAUAAUAAUAAUAACGACAAAAUAAAAAAGUAACCUAAUCCAGUACUUGUAGAUACAUGUCAUUAUAAUGUAACAUAUAUAAGGACGAUGUUUCAUUGCCACUGUCUCCAUUAAUUUAUUAUUUUGUAUACUUAAGAUACGACAAGAAAAUGUACGCAACGUAGCCUGUACCUUAUCAUUGUAACGAUUAUUUAAUCUUAACCCGACCAUUAUUUCUCCAAAAUAAGCAACAACAACAACAACACGUACGUCAGAAUAUGAUAUAUUUGUUAAACGAAUAUUUACUAUUUUGAAAAUAAAUUUAAUUGCAACAA